AUGGCAUUCGUGGCACCGGCAGUGCGCUGGCCUGAUGCCGUGGCAUCCCACCUGCCACAACCGCUCAAAGAGUCAGGCAUCCCUCCACAAUACUUUGUCAUUGUUCCCGCAACGCUCCUCGCCGUGCUCCUGACAUACACGCUCUCGAAGGCGUCUGCCAGAGUCAACACUCCACACUUGGUUUCUGCCGGAUCAUCAGAGCAAGAGUACACCACCAAGCGCUCGCACAAUCGCCCAGCGACGGUCCUGCUCGUCGGUCUCAGCGACACGGGCAAGACAUCGCUCUUCUCGUCGCUCGUCUACCAGACCACGCCAGCAACGCUGCCGUCGCAAAAGCUGUCCCAGGGCCUUGUUGCUGCUUCGGCGCUCGAUGCGGAUGCGAGCUUGAAACCAGUCACGCUGGUCGAUCUACCAGGUCACGCGAGACUUCGCCCUCUGGUUGACGAACAUCUCUCGCAAGCGGACGGCCUCGUCAUCUGCGUCGAUGCCGUCAUGGCUUCCAAAGCCUCCACCUCCUCGGCUUCUCGUCAAGGCGACGCCGAGACCAUCACCGACGUAGCCGAUGUGCUCCAUUCGACGCUCACCACGCUCGCCAGACAACGUGCUCGCUCGUCGAAUGGUAUCGCUCCGCCGUCCGUGCUCGUCCUCUUCACGCGCGCCGAUCUCUCGCCUCUUCUAGGUGGGGCUGCUGCAGGCACGGAUGCGACCAAGGACGAGAAACGCCGUGCGCAGCUGCUUGCGCGGUGCAGGACGACGCUGGAGGCGGAACUGGGGCAGAGGCGCUUCAAUAUGGGACUGGGUCGACGACGCGCUGGCGCCGGGGGUGGAGGCGCGGCGGGGAAUGUCAAGAUCGCCGGGCUGGGCAAAGUGGCUGACGGUGAUUCGGGCGCAAGCGGUGCGGGAGGCGGGGUGUUUGGAUGGAUCAAGCGCGCGCUCGGCUUGGCAGGCCCGGGUGGAAACGUUUCCGCGGACGCAGGCGAGGGCGAGGAGGAAGAAGAAGACGACGAGGUGGUCGACUACAUCGACUGGGCGGCGAGUCAGAGGGCGCUUUCCGGUGCGAGCGACACGCCGCUCGGCGCAUCGAGUUUCAGCCUGGACAGGUUGGACGAGGACGUCGUGUUCGGUGGCAAGGUCGAGUUCGCGCUCGCCAGUGUAGGCAAGACCAGGUCGUGGGCUCACAAGCAUGAGGAGGAGCCGGAGGAGGAAAGCAAGCCGGUCGACGUCAGCGGUGGGCUGCAUGAUCUGAAGAGAUGGAUUGUCGGGCUUCAGUCUUAG